ACCUUGGUCAACUCAACUAGUAUUGAGCACUUAUGAAAGGAAUACUCACACGAUAACAUUUGUCACGCACUUUCGAAGCUAAAGCGUUCAAUAUGACGUAAACCGAAGAUGUAUUUCGUAUCGACUCCUUCCGGCGUUUCUCCUCUGACAGGGCACUAGUUAGCAUUAGCUCCACCGUAGCUAACGCACUGUCAUGUCUUUACCUUUUAAGGGGCAGCAGAUGCUGAUUUCCUCGGAUUCGCGAGUGGGCGAGAACAGGGGUUGGGUUCCGAAAUUACAAUCCACACUGAACACAACUGGACGUUUUUAAAGCGUGUUCCUGUCUGUCAUCUCUGUUGUUGAUCAGAGAGGGAACACCUCUCUUCCGGUCGGAGACGAUGACGCACAGGAAACAAUAGCAAAUUAGAGGAAGUGGAGACCGACUUUGAAAGUAAAAGCAUGAUGUUAGGUGAUGCAGGACUCGCCGUGCGACUACAACUUGUAUCGCAAGAAACUUGGCUUGUCAGGACAGAUUCAGCUCUAAAUUGAAGUUGUGGGUUGUGUUCAACAUUUAACGUUUAUAUAUAGUUUUAGAGCCGCAGAAGAAGAAGCAACAGUAAAUGAUGUGGACUUCUUAAUUCACGGUUAAUAUUUCUUGAUAUUUCAUUGUUAUUUUCGAACUUCUAUGCGCUAAUUUAUGUUGUUUUGUUUUUCCCAAAUCGUCUAGUUCUUUCACUGUUCUGUCCUCGUGAAAGCCCGACAAUGACCACAGUUUGAAUGAAUACUGAGUCGAAAUCAGCUAUUAAAAACAGACCCACCGCGAAACACUACUCAACUUAAGGAGUUGUCAUUCGACUGUUUCCCCAGGUGAAGGUCCCGCACAGAGACAACGCUUUGGCCCCUCACGAACAGUGGGUGGUGCGUUGACACACAGCCAUGAAAGGCUGGAAUUGACGUGAGAGCAGUCGAGCCGCAUCUGCUGGACCGGGACCCGAGAGGUCUCGUCUGGAAAGGCGACCGAGGCAUCAAGAGCUUCUACCGCUCGGUCACGAUUUCGGCGCAGACCACCGAGACACACCGGGUCCAACUGCGGCCCAUCACUGCCUCCCCGCGCGUCGACCUGCAGGAAUGAUGACUUCAGAGAUGUGUGUUUUCACGCUGCUUCUAUUAUUCAACACCGCCACCGUGAUGUCAUCUUCGGAGCUCACAUUUGGCAUGCCAAAUGUUUGUGCUGACAAGCAGAUGUCCGUUCUUGGUUCGCGCCAGCCAUGUGUUCAGGCUUUUACCCGCCUUGUGAAGGUGUGGAAGCAGGGCUGCCCCAGCCAACGAUGGUGUACUGCCUUUGAAAGAAGGACAGCCUACUACACGACCUACAGGAUGGUUUACCACAUGGAUCUGCAGCCUGUGUACAAAUGCUGCCCGGGAUGGAGUCCAAGUGGAGAUGAGCUGGGAUGCCUGCGCAGGGCUUGCAGCUCCAACACAUGCUUCAACGGAGGUCAGUGUGCUGAAAGUGGAGAUCUUACAUGCCAGUGCCCGGCAGGCUUCAAGGGGCCUCGCUGCCAGUAUGAUGUAAAUGAAUGUGAAGAGGGAGAAGGCGGCUGCGACGGCUCCUGCUGCAACACCAUCGGAAGCUUCUUCUGCAGAUGUCCCGAGGGCAGUCGACUAGGAGCAGACGGAAGGUCGUGCCAUGAUGUUGAUGAAUGUCAGGAGGUGAAUGGAGGCUGUCAGCAAACCUGCAUCAACACUCGAGGCUCCUACUACUGCGCGUGCAGCGAAGGCUUCCGCUUGCACACAGAUGGACGAACCUGCAUUGCCGUCAACUCCUGCUCUGUUCUAAAUGGUGGAUGUGAGCACAAGUGUGUCGACAUGGGCACCAAUCACUACAAAUGCCAGUGUCGAGAGAACUACCAGCUGAAGAGAGACGGCAGACGCUGUGAAGUGAGAGACCCUUGUGUCGAGAUGAACGGCGGCUGUAGCCAGUUGUGUCACUCUGACGAAGGGCAGGUCCGCUGCAGCUGUGGUCCUGGUUUCAGUUUGGCACCAGACUUCAGCAACUGUGAGGACGUCGAUGAGUGCACCUCAGGGGAAGCCGAAUGUUCCCAUGGAUGUGUCAACGUGUUGGGGUCCUUCCACUGUGUCUGUCAUCCCGGCUUCGAACUCGGUGCAGAUGGAAAACAAUGUUACCGCAUCGAGAUGGAGAUUGUCAACAGCUGUGAGAGGAACAACGGUGGCUGUUCUCAUCACUGCGAGCACACCACAAACGGACCUGUCUGUUCUUGCAACCAAGGCUAUCAGCUGGACAAAGACAGGAAGACUUGUGUAGACAGUGAUGAGUGCCACAGUGGUGAGUCCUGCUGCAGUCACUUCUGCAGGAACUAUCCUGGAGGCUACGAGUGUGAAUGCAGAGUCGGACACAGACUGAACCCAGAUGGUUGUGGCUGUGAUGAGAUUGAUGAAUGUCUGGCCCAGACGUCAGGCUGUGAGCACUACUGUGCCAAGACCCGGGGAACAUACGAGUGUUUCUGUCGACUUGGCUUCCGCUUGGACGAGGACCAGCACUCCUGCGUCUCUCUGUAUGGCAGUGAAAAGGAUGGCGCCGAUGGUGAGGAAGAGCAGGAGGAUAGACCAGGGGUCCACAGGUUACCAGACCUGCUCUACCGUGGGGUUCCUCAGCUGCUGCACUAUACAGCAGCCUUGAACUCGGCAUCGGACUCGGUGGAGGAUGAUGAAGCAGAGAGUCAGAGGGAGCGCAGAGGAGAACUCCGACUGGACAGCCAAAUAGUUUGUCUUGAAGGCUCGUUCGGACCUGACUGCCGUUUUACCUGUGAAGACUGUGUGAACGGAGCCUGUAGAGAAGACAGGGAUCGUUGUGAAUGUUCGGCCGGCUGGACAGGGACCGCCUGCAAUGAGACUUGUCCGCAGGGAACUUUUGGGCCGGCCUGUAACAGCCUCUGUGGCUGUCAGAAUGGGGGCACGUGUGACCCCGUGACCGGGAAGUGUGUGUGCCCACCCGGGGUGCAGGGGCUGCUCUGCGAGGACGGUUGCCCAAGAGGCUUUUUUGGGAAGCUGUGCACUCGGAGGUGUAACUGUCCCAACAAGAGCCCAUGUCAUCGUCUGUAUGGAGCCUGUCUGUGCUCGCCUGGACUCUACGGCCUACGCUGCCACCUAGCGUGUCCCAGGUGGACUCACGGCGUGGGCUGCUCCCAAGAAUGCCAUUGUGCACAUGAACAUUCCACUGGAUGUGACCCUAAGACGGGGAUCUGCGUCUGUAAGCCGGGAUACCAGGGGCCCCAGUGUGAGAAAGAAUGUGAGCCAGGUUUCUUCGGGGAAGGCUGCUCACAUCUCUGCGACUGUCCUGGUGGAGGCUCAUGUGAGCCAAGGACUGGCGUGUGCAAGCAGUGCCCUGCCGGUUUCCAUGGUGACCGCUGCGCUACAGUUUGUCCUGCAGGGAGGUUUGGGCAAAACUGCAGCCAGCUGUGCCAGUGCACCAGAGCCCAUGAGCAGUGCGACCCCUGGAGUGGAUUGUGUGGCUGCCUGCCCGGCUACUAUGGGCCAACAUGCGAGCUGCGAUGUCGAACAGGAACGUUUGGGAGCAACUGCAAGUCGCGUUGCUUCUGUGCAAAUGGCGGUCGCUGUGACUUCAGAACUGGAGCCUGCCACUGUCUACCGGGCUUCAUUGGCACAGACUGCAGCUUGAAAUGUCCACGCGGGUUUUAUGGGAAAGACUGUGCGAAGAUGUGCUCCUGUGGUGAAAAGGGGACGUGCCAUCCGACAAACGGGAGGUGUCUCUGUGCUCCUGGUCGAAUGGGUCCAUCCUGUCAACAUGAAUGUCUGGGAGGGCGCUAUGGAGUGCAGUGCAGGAGCACCUGCAGCUGUCUCAAUGGUGCCAUCUGUGACCCGGCAGACGGAUCCUGCAAAUGUGGACUGGGUUGGUCUGGACCUCACUGUAACACAGCAUGUUUGGUGGGGAAAUAUGGUCGCAACUGUGCUCAAGACUGCCUCUGCCAGAAUGGUGCCACCUGCGAUCGCUUCAUGGGAACUUGCACUUGUUCUGCUGGAUACUUCGGCCACUCUUGUCAACACGUCUGCCCGGCUGGGUUUUUUGGCUUGAACUGUGCCAAAACCUGCGACUGCAAGUCAGGACAACCAUGUGACCCGGUGACAGGAAUAUGUGUUUGUCAACCAGGGUACUAUGGAGCUCAGUGCCAAAACAGAUGUGAAGCUGGCAAGUUCGGAGCGAAUUGUGAAAGGUCGUGUGAUUGUGCUGAGGGUGCACCAUGUGACCCAUCGACAGGAAAGUGUGUCUGUUCUCCAGGGAAGACCGGAGCAAGAUGUGAAAGAGACUGUCAGGGUGACACGUUCGGUCCCGGCUGCUCUCUGCCGUGCCGGUGUUCCAGCGGCAGCCGCUGUGACGGGGUGACCGGACGAUGCCAGUGUCCACGCUCAUGGCUGGGACCCACCUGCACUGAAGCGUUCCAGACCUCAGGUCUGUCGAGUGGCUCCACGUCCCAGAGACAGAGACGAGCAGGCAGCAAAACCACAUAACCCAAGCAGAGGUGCAAACUCCCGACUGGACGUUCCAACAUGGGCCUGGGCCUUCUGAUCAUCUUAGACAAGCUGAUCUGGUAUCACUCUGUUUUCGGAGACGUGGCACUCGGCUGUCAGAACCUGACCUUCCAUCACUGAGUCUGGAGCUCAAGCUAAUCAACGAGGGGGCCACCAAGAAACGCAAACUCUCAGGCUGCACACACCAGCGCUGGCAUCUCGUAGUGUGUGUGUGUGUGUGUGUGUGUGAGUCUGUAAAGUUAAGCAGAUACACCCUGAGCGCAGUCGAAGUGAUGGGCAGAACAUGUUCUAUAAUCUGGCAGCAGAAUCAGCCCGUCACCAGACACUCUGGCAUUGACCCACUUUGCAUUUCUUCGUAUCAAUGACUGUAAAUUCUAGACUAUACAGCGCACCAGAAAUCAGCCCCACCCACAACUGAAGGAAAACAGCUGUUGUCCGUAUCUGUUAUUAACAUUAAAAUGCUCCAAAUGUGUCCCAAGCUCCGCCACCACAGCUGCUCUCAGCUGCUGCUUCUCCUCUCCGCUCCUCCAGGAGAGCGGCUCUGUGGGCGGAGCUUUAAGGUCAAUGACACACCUGUGAUGUCGUCACUUUGAUGUGACCAGGCUCAGUAUUUUGAGGCUCUUCACCUUCUUCUGCCGCUUAUCUGGGGUCAGGUCGCGGAGGCAGCAUUCGGAGCAAGGAAGCCCAA